AUGAAGUGUCCUCGCUACGACAGCACCAGAGUCUGCAACAUGGAGAAGAGUGCUGAGAAUCUGGCUGCUGUCGUGGCCAAGGUGCCACAUGUCAAAGCUUCCCCAGUGAAAGAGCUGGUCCCCAUCAAACCCCAGUUCCAACCUGCAGCAGUGACCAGGCUGUUGUUCUCUCUCAACAACGACACCCGGCCGGUCCACAACAAGGAGAACAGCAGCAGCCGGGAGCAAGACCGGACCCUGGACGAGGGCCUGGAGGACAGCGGGUACCUGUCCCUGCACAACAGCCAGAUCGAUGAGCACCACGGGGAGGAGGAGGACGACCACAGCCAGGGGAGAAGCAGAGCUCCACUGCUGCUCUCUGCAACGCACCAGGAGAGGACGAUAUCACCCAACAGCUCCCCCGACAAAUGUAAAGCAGGUCACAGGGUGGUCGUGGUGGCAGCUUCCACUCCUGUGGAUCGUCCCAGGAGAAGAAUACUGUCGUCCACACCCUGCGAUAGUCACAGUGACCCCAACCUGCCCAUACUGAAGUUCCAGCGGGCUGUGUGUGAAGAGCUCGCCAAGAACUACCGGAAGAAUAAGAGGUACGACUGGAGCAUCGUCACUAAGGUGGCCGAGGAGCAUCUCUUGGAUCGGGUGAUCGGAGGCAAGAUGGGACGGGAGUACGUCGACAUGUUUGCAAAUCUGCUGUCCAGGAACAUGAGAAGUAUCCUGAGCGACAUCCUGGCCCUGCUGGAUGACAUGGACCUCAUUAGCUGUAAGAGAGUGAGCAGGACGUGGAGGAGAAUCAUUGGUGAGGACACCAGUGCUACGAACAGGUGUCUGCAGGCUGAGGAGUCGCUCAGGGAGUCAAUGAGCUCCUUGGGACAUAAUGACUCUGGUCUGACGAGGGACAUCGGGGUGUCCAGGGUGGUGCUGUCCUGCAUUCAGACCCGGGCCAACAGCACGGUAUCAUCCUCCUCGUCCUCCACAAGCAGCAGGGUCCACAGGCGGAUCACCCCCCCUCAAAAGGGCAGCACGCCCCAUUCCCAAGGCACACGCUUCACAGAAUUCACCAAGGCCGCCAGGAGCCUGAAGCAGCACGAGUCUCUGCGCUGCUGUAAGCGCUGCGGUUCACCAGCGACACACUCGCCAGAGAUGCAGCGGGCAACGUGCACACGUCUCAACUGUCUCUUUGACUUCUGCACCUGCUGCCAAGAGACUUUCCACGGCUCGACGCCCUGCCGGACGGUGGAGUCCAGGUCCCACUCCUUCACCUCUAGGGCGACCCCGGUCCUACCGGGUAGCGCUCGCAGCAAGAGGAACGUCAGACGCCUGUGACAGGUUUAU